AAAUAAUCUAAAAUCGAAAUAAGAAAAAGUAUGUCAUCGGACGGGGAAGUUCACUUUGAGUCCAAGGCUGAUUCUGGGGCAUCGAAAACGUUCCCACAACAAGCUGGUACUAUUCGUAAAAAUGGAUAUAUAGUCAUCAAGAACAGACCAUGCAAGGUUGUUGAAGUCUCCACCUCGAAAACAGGCAAGCAUGGACAUGCAAAGUGCCAUUUUGUGGGAAUUGACAUUUUUACUGGCAAGAAGCUUGAAGAUAUUGUUCCUUCUUCCCACAACUGUGAUGUUCCUCACGUCACACGUACAGAUUUUCAACUGAUUGACAUCUCUGAAGACGGUUUUGUGAGUCUUCUAACCGAAGCAGGGAAUACGAAAGAUGAUCUAAGGCUUCCCACCGAUGAAAAUCUGCUCUCACAGAUUAAAGAUGGGUUCGCCGAAGGGAAAGAUCUUGUGGUUAGUGUUAUGUCUGCUAUGGGAGAAGAGCAGAUCAAUUCCAUCAAAGACAUCGGCAAGAAUUAAACACGAUAUCAUAGUUACAUUAUACCAACACCAUGUUUAUGACUGAACCAAGACUUAUCCCAUAACAGUAUGUAUUGUAAAGAUGGUCUUGUUUAGAGGUGUUUCGUGACACCUUUGUGUGUUAUAUAUAGGGCAAUGAUCCAUGUACUAAACAUAGGACAAUAAACUUG